AGAAUUCUUUUUUUUCAAUUGUGUUUAUUAGUAUUUUCAAAUAAACAGCAUGAGCAAAAAGAACAAAAAUUUACAUUAAAUCCAGUUGAUGAAGAAAUUAAAUGAUGUAUUUGAACAAAAAUACUUAAUAAAAUAUAUUAAUAAGAAAUGGAAAUGAAAAUAAAUAAGAAUAAAAACAUCCUCUCCAUCAACCCAAUAAAAGAAAUAAUUAUAACAUAAGUGGAAAAGAUUAACACAUCACCCAUUAGGGCAGAAUUCUAUUGUUUCUACUUGUAUAUCUAUAGCUCUACAUGUGUCCUUGAACAAUUUUUCUUUGAAAAAACUUUUCCAGGAAAGAUUAAUUUUUACAUCUAUGGCCACCUUAAGGCUAAUGUAGUCUUAGUAGAAACAGAAACUGAUUCCUAUAUACAGAACCCUAUGGGUAACAAGUAAAGUAAUUACAUAUAAGUUGGUUAUUUCAUAUGACUUUGUACAGAAUAACUUUCCUACAGCCCUGUGCAGUAUGGCAGCUAAUGGGCCAACUGGAGGAGUGUGAUAAAAAUUGCAGAGAUAAAAGACACAGCAUAUAGUACUGCAAAAUACAGCACAAUGUAAUGCUGUCUAAUAUGGUAACUUAUAUGUUAGGGGGAGGGUAAUGGUUACAACUCAUUCCCAGUUACAUAACAUGACUUUCCUGGGCCUCUGCUGUCACAGGGUUUUAAAAGGCACAAAGGAAGACGGGCUUAAUGGGUCAUUUGACCUCUUUCCAUAGUAAAUGUUGAGUGCAGAAUAUUUGCCCCCAAAAAGUGGCCAGUAGCAAUGGCUAUAUGUUGAGCUUCUGAACUGCAAAUGGCGCUUAUUCCCUUUAUCCCUUUAUUGCAACUUGAAUUUCAAGUUGAUAACCGUGUGAAUAUUGGUUUAACAGAAUAUAGUUUAAAUUCAUGUGUAUGUAUAUUGCAUAUAUCUGAGCCAGUCCUCUGGUCUUUUGCCUUUCUUUACCACUGUGAUAAUACAGUAUGUGCCUUUAUGGACCAUUUCUACUUAACUGAGGUGGGAUUUGGGGGGAGGAAAUUUUUAUUUAUAGUGCACUGCUUUGGUACAUGCAAAUUCAUACAACAGGUCUGUUAUAUGAUUUAAAGGGUUACAAAAACAUUAGUUGGUACUGAGUACUUUGUAAAAAGCAACCUUUCAUCAAGUUUGCAGUUAUUUGUCAUUAAAAGAACAAACAUUAAAGGUUUGUUAGCUGCUCAACUAAUACUGUAGGCGCAAAAUUAGAUUCUUUGCUUUAGAUAACCGUAGAGUAGGUCAAAAAUACCAGUAACAUGGCUUGAAAGAAAAUGGGCUUUAAUGCUCAUAGAAUAUAGCAAUUUUUGAUGCAAACUUGAACGAUUGUGGAUAUAAUUACUUUAAUAUUGUUGGUUAUCUAGAAGUUAAAUCUGUGUCUAUUUAUGGAACACAUUUUUUCCGGAUUUAUGGAUAUAUGAUAUAGAGAUUAUUGGUUGGUCUUGUCAGUCCAACAGUUGCAGCUUCUUAUGGCCUAUUUAUUGCUGUGUGGGGUAGAAAUGAUGGAGGCCUCACUAAUAGUAAUAUGAUGUGAAUGUUAAUCUACACAUAAUGCAACAUGCUUAUAUUGCUCAUAGUAUUUUCUGUGUCAAUUAAUGCUUUGUUAAUGCAUAUAGGAAAUUCCACAACACUUCUUGCUGUGAUUAAAAGUAUGAACUUCAAGUCCAUUUUAGUUUUCAGCUUCUUCCAUUAAUUUGAUAACUUAUAAAAGUUCAUGUAUUGUUUCUAUUAUAAUAUUCCGUUACUUAAAGGAAAUGUAAACCUUUAAAAUAAAUCUAAAAUUGCUCAGAGAGUUAUUCUAAGCCCCCUUUUUUUGAUUGAGACUUUUUUUUCUUUUCUUUUUUUGGAAGAUCCCAAGAUAUAAAGAACAAAGUAUACUACUAACAGAAUUAAUUUUGCAACAGCUUUGCAGCCUGCUGGUAAGAUUUGUUACCCCAGUUGGUAGAAGAAAUGAGAAAAUUAUCUACAGUGUCUCAUAUCUUUCCUGCACAAAGCAGCAUCAGUUCUUUCUUUCUUUCUUUUUUUUUUUAAAUAGAUUACAUUUGGAAAACUGACCUGGUGGUUGUUGGUAUAAAAUUCAUUACACCUGUAUUAACAUUAUAGUAUUAACCUGAAAGGUCAUCUUCCAUUGACUCAAUUUUAUUAAAAUAAUCUGAUUAUUAGUAAUAAUACUUUAAAAAGUAUUUCAUUUUUCUCUGUAAUAAUAACAGUACAUUGUGCUUGAUCCAACCUAAUAUACAGUUGAUCCUUACAUGGGCGUCCACAGAGGGGGGCAAGAGGGGGCAGCGCCCCCCCCUGGGACUGUGCACAUAACACGGGCCGAUAUCCAUUAAUUUGCCCGCAGCGUGCAAAAAUCCCUCCCCCCUCUCAGCAUCCAGAGUUUCCUACCAAGGCGUCAUGAUUGGGGGGCGGCACCUACAGUGCUUCACUGUAGACUCUGUGAAGUUUGUUCUAAACUCCGCCCUCCCCGUGACUGGAGUUUAGUGUAGUGCGGGGAGGGGGAGGGAGAGGGAGCCGGUAAACAAACUGAAAGCAUGGCUCCAGGCAUUCCCCUUCAACACUGCUGCCUAACCUGGUCUGGAUUUCCUGCAUGAUCUCAUGAACUGUGACCCACUGGCACAGUCCUUACUUUUUUGCCUACUUUCCCACUGGAAACUCAUAUCCAGCUCUACUUGCUGAUAUGUUAUGCAGAGCAAUUGGCUGCAUUGGCUUUUCUUGGGGCACUGCCAGUGAGGCAACUUUAAUGGCACUACUUGCUGCCAGAACAAAGGUAACAAGAAGACUACAAGCAGAAAAUCCUAAAUUAAGUGAGGCAGAGAUUAUACGUCGUUUGGUGGCAUACUCUUCAGACCAGUUCUGUGCAACUCUUGGGACAACUAAUUCUUGCGCAUUUGAUAACCUAAUGGAACUGGGAUCUGUCUGUAAUGCUGAAAAUAUAUGGAUGCAUAUUGAUGCGGCUUAUGCCGGAAGUGCCUUUAUCUGCCCAGAAUUCAGAUAUCUCAUGGACGGUGUGGAGUUUGCAGAUUCAUUCAAUUUCAAUCCACACAAGUGGCUCCUGGUAAACUUUGACUGCUCUGCUUUCUGUGAGAUGUGAACAGGGAUCCUCUAGACGGGAGAGGCCAGCUCCCACCGGACAACAUCCACAUGCAGAUCCUACAAUGUGCAAGCUAUGCUUGGAAAUCGAGGUGGAUCGAAAUCCCAGUGCUAUUGCUUCCCCAGGAGCGACAGGCCAAAUCAGGAAACACAUCCCAUCUCCAAAUACAUCACUAAAGUCAAGGUUAUCUAAGUCUGCAAUAGCAGCUCGUAUUUAGCUGAAUGUUUAAACUGUACCCAAUAAAACCAUUUCUGAGUAUAUUUCUCAA